CGUGCCCCGCCGGGCCGCGGGGGGCGCUGUGGCGCGGAGCCGGUGCCGCUGCGGGCCCGGCUAUGGCGGAGCUCCGCGGCGCUCCGGCGGGCUUCGGCCGCCCCGCGCCGCUGCCGCAGACGGGCUGGGAGCGGCUCAGCGAGCUCUGGCGGCUCGACGAGCGGCAGCAGUUCCCGGAGGAGACGAUGAACAUCGCCAAGUCGGCGUUCACGGCGGGCGUGGUGGGCUGGCUCUACGGGGGGCUGCCCGCCUUCGUCAGCGCCCGCAAGGCCUUCGUCGAGAGCAGCCACGGCGAGAUGUUCCAGAACCGCGCCGAUGCCUUGCAAUCCGCACACCGCGCUGGUCUCCGGAGUUUCAUCCGCUACGGCUGGCGCUGGAGCUGGAGGGUGGCGGCUUUCGCCACGAUAUUCAACGCAGUGAGCACGGGCCUGUCUGUGUACCGCGACAAAACCUCCAUCAGUAACUUUGCUGCAGCAGGAGCCUUCACAGGAGCCCUGUUCAGAAUGCACCUGGGCCUGCAGGGCCUGGCAGGCGGCGUCGUGUUUGGAACAGCAUUUGGGGUUCCUGCAGGAGGCCUCCUGAUGGCAAUGUAUGGCUUGGCUGGUGAGACCCUGCAGGAGAAGAGGAGUCGUGAGCGCAGGGAGCUGUAUGAACAGAAGCUGGCAGAGUGGCAAUCCAAGCUCAGUAUGAUUGAAAUCUCAGGCCAAACAGAAAGCAGUGCCCAGGGAAGAGCAGAGAUGGAGAGAGCAAGAGAAUUGAAGAGCUACUGAGUCUUCCCCAGAUCUCUGUCAUAAGAAGCUACAUAGCAUUUUGAUCCUGCUUGAUCCUUCAGUCAAGGGAUCAUGGAAGUUGUCUGUGAAUGCAGUUGUAUCCUGUGAAAAAGUGUUUUGCUGAAAACAUUGUUCAGGGAUGGAUAUCACUGCACAAAGAACUUGGAAGGGCCAAACCUGUUCCACCUGAGAAGUGGAAAUACAGACUUUACAGACCAGGAAGUGUCAUCUAGCUUUGGGAGGAAGUGAGGGUUCCAGAGCCUCAUCUAGAACCCAUUUCACUGCUGAAAAUGUCCAAACCUCUAGUGAUGUAGAAAUACUCAAGGUAAAGGGGCCUGUGAAUGGUUUGUGUGCUAAAAGUGCCCUGAAUCCAAAAGUGAAUUAUGCCCUGGUGAAAGCUGCUCUUCAGACAGUGCCUGAACAACUUGCUGAUGGUGGUUUCUUACUUGGUUCCUACUGUACUUGGGGUAUCUUGUAGUCUGUGGAAGAAGGGUGGAGGAGCUGGGAAUUACAUGGAAAUACCCUGAAAAAGGCAUGUUUUGGGUUCCUCAAUAAAAGCCAGAGCGUGCCACAGAAAACAUGACUUAUUUCUGGUGGUGACAAUGGAAGGCUUGGCACUGUGGACGUUUUAACAAGAAGGCCUCUAAUUUCAUUUACAGUUUGGAAAUCAGGGGAUGACUUUUGGGGGAAAUGUAGUUCAAGACACUCAAUAAAGCCAUUGAGCAGUGGU